CAGCCACACAAAACAGAUCAACGUCGAUUUUUUGUUGUUUGCUUGCGUUCGUUCUAGCUUAGCUCUCUUUCACUGUUGUGUUUCUGUUUAUUAAAAGAAACAAGGCAAAUCACAAAAGGUUCUUUUUUUUCUCACCCCCAAAAGUCUAUAUUCGAAAAGAAUAAAUAUCCUCUAAAGUUUUCCAAUUUCCAUUAACAUAGUUCCGUGAUAUCAGAACACAAAGAAAAGUCUAACAUUUUCAUCAGAAAAACAUAAAAUUUGCUAAUUAAUUUCAAUUAGCUGGUGAAAGAGAAAUAAAAUCAGAAAAACUUCGACUAGCUUCCAGGUCAUCCAGCAAUCCAGCAAUAAGCGAAAAAAAAAUCAGCAAUCGACUAGGACAAGCAGACUGUUUGAAAUUUAUGAAAACAACAGCAGUAGUGAUAGCAUUUCCAGCGGCAAUAUGACGAACAUGCGACCACCCAAUAAAACCAUCCUCCUGAAGGUUGUGAUCCUAGGCGAUGGAGGUGUAGGCAAAAGCUGUCUCAUGAACCGAUUCGUAUCCAAUCGCUAUGAGGAAAAUAAUUUUCACACCAUUGGCGUUGAGUUCAUGAACAAAGACAUCGAAGUCGAUGGCGAGAAAUACACUUUGCAGAUCUGGGACACUGCUGGGCAAGAGCGAUUUAGGGCUCUACGAACACCAUUCUAUCGAGGAUCGGAUGUUUGUUUAUUGUGCUAUGCUGUCAACGACCGCGACAGCUUUAAGGGGCUUAAGUUGUGGCGAGAUGAAUUCCUGCGUUAUGCUGAUGUCAAUGCGGACCAGUUUCCCUUUAUUGUUGUGGGAAAUAAGAACGAUAUGGAAGAACAAAGUCGACAAGUAACUGCUGAAGAAGUUGAAGAAUGGUGUAAUGAAUAUAAAAUUGCCAGCCUUAUUGAAACAUCAUCGAAAACAGCAACAAAUGUAACUGAAGCAUUUACAUUGGCCGUUAGACAUUGGCAAAAAUUAGAAAAAGCAACAGAACGUGAAAUGCGUCAGAAUGGCGAUACAAUUGACUUAACCAGAGCUAUAAGAUUACCAACAAGUCGAUUUUGUUGUAGUUCAGCUGUAUUAGGUGAUGCUGAAAAAAAUACAUCAUCAUCAUCAAAUAGAAAUUCACCUAGAACAAGGCAAAGAAAUUAAUACAUAAAAACAAAAUUUAUAUUAUUAAAUAAUAGACACACAAAAACAAAAAGAAAAACUAAUGAAAGAAUAUUUUAUAUAACAAAAAAAAUAAUUAUUUAAAAUUCUUUAUAAAUACAACGAUAUGAGUGGAUUGAAGGAUUUAUAAGAAAUAAAUUCAGUUAAGUUAAGAAUAACUGAAAGUACUCAUUGAUGAUAUGAUGUGACAUUAAAAAAAAAACUUAACAAACAAAAAUGUUGGAAUUUGAAAACCAAAAAAUAUUUGUAUUUUUUUAUAAACUACUUUACCCUAUUUCUACAACCCUCACUAUUAAAUUAUAUACCAUACUACUAUCACCACUACCACCGUUUACAAAACUCUUUCAUAAUCAAUUACAAUAAACAAAUGCUUUGCUUAAGCAACUUUUGAUUUUGAUUAAAUUUUUGUAGAUCAAUAAUCAAAAAGUGGACGGUCACUGAGCUCAACAAAUUGAGGCUAAAAAAGUAGAGCUUCUUUUUUAAGUGAUAAGGGGUUUUAUUGAUGGAGGAUUUUCUUUCUUUGAUAUGAAUCAAUUAUUGUUUACAAGAAUUUUUAAAGCUAGAAAAUAUUCACACAUAUUCACGUGUUCAGUGAAUGUUCUCCAAAAGUCUUAUUGUAAAUCAAUUUUUAUAGAUUAAAGCAUUUAACAAAAAAAGUUAGCUUCAAGAGCAGAAGUUCUACGGUCCAUCACUCUUAAAACUUUUAAAAUCUUUCUUUUUUUCGUUUUAACAUUGUUUAAACUGUCUCACCCCAAAGAUCUAUUCUGAGAUUUUCAAAUAAUUACAGUAUUGAAUCCAAAAUCCAAAGAAUUUUUGUGUUUGUUAUUUGUGCCUUCUUUUGUUAAAAACAAAAAUAAUAUUAUUAAUCUAAACUUGGUAAUAAAACCAAACAAAGAAAAACUGAAUUUUGUUGCUUAGCAAAUAAAAUACAAAAACUAAAAACUACACAAAACAAAGCACUAACAAAAAUAAAGCACAAUGAAAAUAUAAAU